CGAAGGGUGUGUACCGGGGGACUGGGGACGUAUACAGGGUUGGGCAGGGCUGGCCGACGGCGGUAUUUUCCAGCCGUGGUGGCGCAGCAUCCUUUGUACCAUGAAGCCUUGGUGCGGUGCAUGCCGUUUGAGAAUGGUGGAGGCAGUUAUCAUUGUCAGGAUCAAGGAGGAUAUUCCUCAGAUUUGGAGAUAAAACACGUAGGCUACGCAGGGUAUGUCCGUGUUAUUAGGUGUGUCCGAUUACAGAAUGUUAACAUUUUCUGCGAAUGACAUGAAUUGGUGUACCUGAGUAUUGCUCAGCGGAGCUGCGGUGCGAGACGUGUAAUUCCCUUGAUGCGCGAUUAGCGACGUAUACGGUGGAAGUGUUGCGGAGAAAUCAAUUUAACCGUCAAGGAUCGAAGGAAUAAAUAUGUCGAGACAGUGCGAGGCUGUGAAGGUGGUCGUGCGAUGCCGCCCAUUCAACAGGAGAGAGGAGACGAUGGACAACGAUAACAUAUUGGAGGUGAAUACAAAACUGGGGCAGAUCACAUUGAGGAACCCAAGGGCGUCACCUGAAGAACCCAUGAAAUCGUUCACCUUUGAUGCAGUCUACGACUCUGAGUCGAAACAGAGCGAUAUUUAUGACGACACAGUUAGACCCCUUGUAGACUCCGUGUUGCAAGGAUUCAAUGGGACCAUAUUAGCUUAUGGGCAAACUGGGACAGGUAAAACCUUCACCAUGCUAGGUAUGCCCACAGACAAUGAGAGAGGGAUCAUCCCAAAUUCAUUUAACCAUAUUUUUACACAGAUCUCCAGGUCUCAGAAUCAGCAAUAUUUAGUGAGGGCAUCCUAUCUAGAGAUCUAUCGGGAGGAGGUCAGGGAUCUGUUAUGUAAGGACAACAACAAGAAACUAGACCUCAAAGAAAACCCAGAUUCAGGUGUCUAUGUCAAAGACCUGUCUUCGGUUGUCAGCAAGAAUGUCACGGAGAUCGAACAUGUCAUGAACAUAGGAGACCAGUCCAGGUCUGUGGGGUUCACCAAUAUGAACGAACGCAGCUCGCGGUCCCAUGCCAUCUUCAUGAUCACGGUGGAGUGCAGUGAGAAAGGUGCAGAUGGAGAGGACCACAUACGGGUUGGGAAGCUGAACAUGGUUGACCUGGCUGGCAGCGAACGUCAGAGAAAGACAGGUGCUAAUGGGGAACGCCUGAAAGAGGCCACUAAAAUCAACCUGUCCCUCUCAGCACUGGGUAAUGUCAUCUCCGCUCUGGUGGAUGGGAAGAGCACACACAUCCCUUACAGGGACUCUAAACUUACCCGCCUGCUCCAGGAUUCACUAGGUGGCAAUGCAAAGACGGUCAUGGUAGCCACUCUGGGACCAGCGUCCAAGAACUAUGAAGAGUCCCUAACGACCCUGAGGUACGCUGACAGAGCUAAAAAUAUAAAGAACAAACCCAAGAUCAAUGAGGAUCCAAAGGAUGCUCUGCUGAGAGAGUUUCAGGAGGAGAUCACCCGCCUGAAGGCCCAACUGGAGGAGCGAGGGAUGCUGGCAAAGGAAAGGAGGAGGAGAAGGAAUAGCAGAAGACUGACUAAAAGUAUGAUUGUGGAGGAUGUAGCCCACAGAGAAAAGGAUGCGGAACUGUGGAAGGCUCUGGAAGCAGAAUGGGAGUGGAAUGCAAAAUACUAUAUAAAGGAAGAACAGGAAAGCAAGAGGAAGAAAGAGGAGGAAAGAAGUAUAGCGAUAAGUAGAUUCAAAUCCAUGGAUAACUCUGUAGAGGGCCGUUCCCAAAAAGUUGUUACAUCCACGCUACCGAUACAUAGAUUUAGAUCUGUGGAGGAUAACCCCAAAAAGCUUCUUCCCACCAGCGCCCAUAGCAGCCCAGGGGCCAGAGAGAAAAGGAAGCCAUUUGGUGAGAAGGAGCAGAUGGAAAAUGAAAGGAUGAUGGACCACAUGCAGAAGGAACAGGAAUCCAUGGAAAAGAUUAUUGAGAAAUAUAAGGCAAUGGAGAGCAAAAUAUUAGCUGGGGGAAAGAACAUUAUUGACCACACUAAUGAGCAACAGAAGAUGCUGGAAUUGAAGAGGCAAGAGAUUGCAGAGCAGAUAAGACGGGAGAGAGAGAUCCAGCAGCAGGUGAUGGCUCAGGAUGAGGAGACAGGAGAGCUGAGAGAGACCUUCUCCUCCCUGCAGCAGGAGGUGGAUCUCAAGACCAAGAAGCUGAAAAGGUUGUAUGCCAAGCUGCAGUUGGUGAAGGCUGAGAUUGGGGACGUCAUUGAUGAGCAUGUAGUAACCAGACAGGAGCUUGAGCAGACACAGAAUGAACUCACCAGAGAACUCAAGUUCAAGUAUCUCUUAAUUGAAAAUUUCAUCCCUCCUGAAGAAAAGAACAAGAUUAUGAACAGGCUUCACUUUGACAGUGAGGAGGACCAGUGGAGGUUUAGGUCCUCUGUUACUUCAGAAAGAAAAUCGGCUUAUCAGGUGAAACGAAGGCCCACUUCUGUGGUGGGAUACAAGAGACCUAUCAGCCAAUAUGCACAGAUUGCUGUCACAACAGGAGCUCAAUCUAGAUACCGGGCUGAGAAUGUAAUGCUCCUGGAGCUAGAUAUGAGCCCACCCACCAUGUACAACCUCAACCUUAAUGGAGCACACCUGGAGCAGGCCUUUGGAGGUCCCGAUAGCCCCAGGAGAGACCUGCUAGUCAACGUCCCCUUCAGGGACAGGACCACUGCAUCAGGAAGGGUCCGGAAGUCACGAUCCUGGUACCAAGCACCUCGCUCAUCCUCUUCAUGCAUCUCAUCCUCUUCAUCAUCCAGCUCUAUAACACAAGGACCCCAGACCCAGUGCUCUCCUCACCCUCAGAGACCCUCCUCAGCCAUCUAUACUCCGUUGGAAGGUGCCAUUCCAGGGAGCCCCUGAUUAUAGAACAUUCCAAUGUAUAUCAUAUAUGCUUAUUUGCUGUGUUACAUUAUGCAAUCAACAAUUUCAAAGUGUAUUAUUUCACCAAAUCCAAUUUGUCUGUAACCAAAAGAUUUGCAUAAGACUUUGUGGAAAAUAUUGUAAAGCUGAGCUUUUCAUUAUUUUAUCUUUUUUUAAAUAUUAUUAUAGCUUAUGCAGAUGAUGACUGAAGUAAUGUUUAGCUUUAGAUGUAUUGAAACAUCAGAAUAAAUGGUACAAACUGUUAUGAAUAA